AUGCCCUUGCCGGAGGCAGUGCGGCAUUGGAACGCCGUCUGCUGUCAUCGUCACCGGCUGUUACUCUUGCGCCACAUGGAGGAGCGAUACAUCGAGCUGGACUUGUUCACGGGGGCAUCGCUUGAUGGCGUUCAUCUGGAUGCCGACAUGAAGGCGGUGGCAUCAGCGGAGAUUCUGGACUCAACAUCGUCUUUGGACGACUCGGCUCACAGUAUCCACUCGUCCGCCAGUGACGGCAGCGGCACUGAGGUUAGCCGUGACAGCUGUACUAGCAUCUCUGCUGCGAAUCGUGACGGGCUGCCGCGUGCCGUACUGUCGCUGACAACACAGCGCUAUGAGACACUGAUCAUGCAGACGACACUGUCCCGCUCCCCCGCGAAGACCGCCAAGGAGAGGAAGACAAGGAGGGCAGCGCUGGCCGCUCCGGCACGGAAAGCAGCUCACACGUGCCUAGGAAAGCUGGCUGCACCAGCGAUUCAGCUUGACCUGGCAUGGCACACACCCAGACAACGAGCGCACAAAGACCUUUCCUUCUCCGAUGCCGAGGAUGAAGUUGUGGUGGAGAGACAGCAGGGCGAAGCGGAGCUGCUUGCCGCGUCUCAAGGGCCGGCUGCGCGAUCAUUCUCGUCGAUCAGCAGCGAGAAGACGUUGCACCACAGUAGCACCAGUACAUCGGACAUCGACAUGGACGUCAUGGCGGGCCGCAAGCAACUCCCCCCGCAGUACCACUUUCUCCGCGCUGUCAGUCCUGCACCGUCGUCAUCGGCCACGUCGGCAACCUCGCCGAGAGUCAUCCGCAAUGAACCAACGAAGCUGUCGAGCGAAAAGCCUGCGAGGCACAAAUGUGCGGGCACUGACAGGAGUGCUGGGUCAUCUGCAGGGCGCGAAGCAGAGCCGCAUGAAAUCCCAGUGCGGUGCGGACCGGGGGGAUGCGUGUACAGAGCAGUGACUGCAACGCUGGACAGCUUUGCCGCCGCCGGAAACGGCGAAGCGGCGCCUCCGCAGUUUCUUCUCCUCCUCCAGCUGCCUCUCCCUCUUGUGGAGGCGUUCUGGGUGAGACUCCCAUCCGCCUCCGCAUUGGGGAGCUCACAGAACGGCGGGGACGCUGCGGGUCGGUGCUGCACAGGUGAGCGGUCUAUGUCCGCAGUCGAGCUGCGACGUGUGCCAUGGCUUCCGCGUGACGCUUGCAGCCUUAGGGUUGUCGAACUUGCUGUUGCUGCACCGAUAAGCGCCUCCGGCGUAUCGGAGGCGCGAACGACUCUGCGUGGGUUUCUCCUUGAGGCGUCAGAUGUACCCUCGGCGCGGAGUGAGAUGUCUACCAGGUUUCCGCGUGUCUUUCGUGUGCUUUCUGCCUAUGACGUGCUUAGCGCUAGGAGUGCAGCUGCGCGUAGCGCCUGGCUUGCGCGCAAUACACGGGGUAACCACGGGCCAUUUAGCGCCUCGUCCGAUGCAGGGGAGCGCGAGCAGGCUGCUGCAGCGGCAGCAGCCCCGGGGCAUCGCAACGGCACUCGCGCCGUGCACACCAAGAGCUUUUCCACAUCCUUUCUCUACGAGAACCCAAAGAGGAGCAGCAGCGUCGCUCAGAUCAUCAGCCCGCCGCCGCGUCACUACAUCCCGGCAGCCAGUUUCUUUGACGAAAGCUUCGAGCCGCUCAUGCUGCUUGGCCGCGGCGUCGGUGGGGCGGUGCUGCUCGCGCGGCAUCGCGUCACCGGUGUCUUUUACGCCAUCAAGGUGCUGGUCGCCCGCGACUACGAGACUGAGCGCGAUAUUCUGCAGGAGGUGCGGAUUCAUGCGAUGUUAGAGAAUCGUUACCUGGUGCGCUACCACACUUGCUGGUCCGAGGUCAUUUCCCCCGCUCGUGCGCAGCAGCUAGCGUUCAUCGGUGUGUGCCACCCGUACGAGGCGAAUUUGGGGGGCUGCAGGCGAUUCAGCUCCGCAUCCUCCUCCUCGCCCGCGACGACUCGACAGAAUGCGCGGGGCGGCACCCCGCAUUCUCCCACCAACCCAGACGGAGACACUCUCAGGAGGUCGCAGUCCCGCACUGCAGCUGGCGGGUGGCAUCACCUGAUACUCCCAAGCCUUUCGAGGAUGAUGCUUGUGGGAAGCAGUUCAACAAGUGAGACGGUAACACCGGAAAAGACGCCGAUGCAGUCGCGCCCGCGACUCCGCGGCGGCGACCUGAGGCGACGCAUCGUGGAUGAAUGCGCGGACGAUUCGACUGACGACGACGGAGACGCGGUGCUUGUUGCGCAGGUGGUGAAGCGGCGGGGUACAGCAGGUGAUGGUUUCAGGCACUCCGGUGCCGACAUCUCUCCGUCUACAAAGAUAGGGUCGCAGCUAUCACGGCGCCCUCUCACCUUUUCCUCGACGUCUUCUGCGUCUGCGUGGGGCACGCGUGCUCCCCUCACUUCGCAUCGGCUACGCAAGCAGCUGAGGACCACCUCUGUCCUCAUCUCCGGCCCUUCCUCUGCGGCCUCGGAUGGCGUGAGUGGCACCACUGUUCAGGACGGUGCCGACAACGAAGGAGAAGAUUUCGAGUCCAUCUGGGAUGACGCGCAAGGGUGUGACAGCGGCCGUAGCGAGUGUAGCGGCGACGGCUACGGCAGCAGCCAGCGGCCUGAGGAGAACACCAUCAUUGGCACACGCGUGGUGUUCCUGCAGAUGGAGCUGUGCCAGGGAACUCUUGCGCAGUACCUGGCUUCUCGCACUUCCAUUGAUCGCGUGGAGAACUUGAUCAUCGCCGUGCAAAUCGUGGCGGGGCUUCGGUACCUGCACCAUCGCGGCAUCCUGCACCGUGACGUCAAGCCGACGAAUGUCUUCAUGAAUUACCGGUGCCAGUACCACAAGGAAGUCUACCAGACGAACUCGUCGAGCACGAGCGGUGUUGAUGACAGCUCUGAGGAUGAGGAUGGCACGGGGAGUUUCUGGAGGUUUCCAGGGUCGGCGGCCUCUCAGUGUGUCGCUUCGACAGCAGGGAACGGCGAUGGUAAGAAUGAUGGCUGCGUACCUUCCCCGUCUUCAGCCCUCACCUUGUGUCGGCGUCACCCGAGCUCCUGUCCGCCGGAGAUUCCGUCCAGUGGCGGCAGCCCGAGUGUGUCUUGUGCACCGCGGCGAUCUUCUAUUGUGCCCCUCGGCAUGCAGGAGCUGUUUCGUGCUGCCUCCUCUCUCUCACCUGGCUGGAAAACGGAGAUGGCCACGGCUUCACUGGACAACUUGCCUUCAUGGGAUGGCGAGCGGGCAGCACUCGAUUUUGUCAUGCACCCGCCUCACCGCAUGGCUGCUGAGAUGCUGCAGGAGCGACUGCUUCGGCGGCAAGCACCACCACCGGCUCGCCAGCGCGCCCGCUCGAAGUACGAGGUGACGGAGGAGGAGGCGGCCCCCGCGGGUGCGACUAUGCCGCUACUGCAGUCCGAUGGUGGUCGACACUUUCUUCGCCGUCUAGCAAGUUGGCUGCUCCACCGCUUCGUGCACGUACAGCUGGGCGAUUUGGGACUCGCUAAGUUCUUGUACCAGCAGGAGAUGCGCGUGGACGACUUUGUGUCUAUGAACGCGAUCAACACGAUCGGCGUCGGCUCCCCGCUCUACGCGAGCCCAGAGCAGCUCAAGGGCAACCGGUGCACACCUGCCUCGGACGCCUUCUCGGUUGGCGUUGUGCUAGCGGAGAUGUACCUUCAGCCCAAGACCAUCGCGGAGCGCUUGACGGUGCUGCGUGAGGUACGCGAGGGGGUCUACCGCGACAAGGUGCUGCUUGCCCAGUUCCCUGAGCUGAGGCUGGUGCGUCGCUUAACUGAGACUCAGCCAGAGCGCCGCAUGACACUCGCAGCCGUCCACAGAGCUCUCAGAUCCUUUCUCGAACAGGCACUACAGGACGAGUUGUACCGCCACUACGAGUAG